AUGAGAGAACGAUUUGAUCCUCCCGCUGACCCUCCAAUGGGUUCAGAAGAUGCCACUCGACUUGAACGAGAAGAAGAAAAAACAGAAGAAAUCGCUCCACCGAGUAACACCGCUACGCAAGGACACGAUCAAAAUGGCCAAGGCGAUGGUGGCAACGGAAAUCGAUAUCCCGAUUGGAUGUCACCCUCUAUGGCAUACUUGAAAGGCCCUGCAAUUGGUCCAGCGGAUCCCACGUUGGUUGGACAGGCAACAACAGGGGCAACACCACCACCAUCACCAAGCCCUGCAGCUGCAGCGAUUCCAGGAGCUCAACCAAUUGGUCCUGCUCGUGAUUCAAACCCUAACCCUAAUCAAGCUUUGCAACCCAGGAGGUCUCAUGAACUUUCUCCUUCCAUGGCCUACCUGAAAGGUCCUGCUGUAAACGAUGUUGGUCCUGAGGCUAGACAGCAGCAAGCGCCACCAAGCCCUGCACAAGCUAUUCCAGGAGCUCAGCCUGUUGCGGGGCCUCCUAGACAUUCAAACUCCAACUCUGAUGCUCGCCAGUCAAGGACCAGUGGACAGCCUUCGGCUACCUACACAUCCACUGCAUCCAGAGCUACCACUAGCACCCAAUCCAACAAUGCUCCUGUGGUUGCCUCGGAUGAUCCGCCUCUCUUGGAAGCUAGGUUGGUUACCUCCAGCAUGCUUAUAAAGGAAGAAUCUCAAGCCACUGCCCCAUCCGGCAUGGCAUGGUACAUUCCCACUACAGCAGGAUCCAAGUGGUUGUGUUUUGGAUUUGCCUGUUUGAUUGCUAUUGUCACUGUUGUUGUCAUUUUAUGUGUGGGUGGAGUCUGCAGGGCUGGUGAUGGUCCAACACCUGCCCCAGUCGCAACCACUACUAGCGGUACCAAUGCUGGAACUUUCGGGGGUUCUACUCCCACGACGACUGGGGAUCCCGCUGCACCAGGGACACCGGCAACCGCCAUGCCGACAAUGGCAGCCACACCUGCAGUCACCAGCGUGGCUCCGACGUCCGAAUCGUCCACUACCGCUGAAAUGCCUUCGAUGGAGUCAACCAACCCACCAGUUUUGGUCAUCGAUGUGGCAUCGUCGACACCUACUUCGGAACCCGUUGCUAUUCUGACGACUCCACCGCCCAAUACCCCACAACCGUCCAGUCAGCCGGCAGCAUCAAACAUCGUCUACAGGGCCAGGUACUUUGGUCGAUUCCAGCAUGUUCUCAGCCCUGGAUGCCAGGCUCCGAAUCCUACAGUAACGCUCUAUUGCGGAGGACAAAUCGAAAACGUCAGGACGACAAAUCCUGACAUUCGCUGCGCUGCUGCGAAUAACUUCACGUUAUCAGAUGGUCGCAACGCAGUAGUGUGCGAGCCUCUCUGUGCGGGAGCUGCUUGCGAAAGUGUGUUUGUGUCCACGCGCACUCUUGGGGCGGAACCGAUUGGUGGCAUUUUCUUUGAAUGCACGGGCAGGAUUCCUCUGGAUGUGUUUGGUGGAUUAGGGAUUACGGGGAAUACACGGACUCCCGGAUCUUGUAACGGUACGGACCCAAAUUCUCACAAUUUGAGGCUCGUGCAACUGGGAUUGUCCUGUCCUGUGGAGGGUGCUGAGGCCGAAUACGUUUUUGAUAAUCUGUAUGUUGAGUGCGGUCCUGGUAAUAUGCCAAUUCAGCUCUAUGGCAAUUACACAUGCCACUACGGACGAACAUGCGGUAGUUCGCCUUGUGAGGUAUCCUUUGACCAACAAUUGCUUAUUAAUGCCGACCCCAAUCGAUUUGAACACUGCAUCAUUGCCAGCGAUGAAAGCCCUGUGCCAGAAAUACCAGAACCAGAAAUCCCUCCGCGUCCGGAUGGAAUAUACACGGCACGAUUCAAUAUGGUUUGGCAUUUUCUCGCGGACAUGUCAGUCUGCAUUGGAAGUGAAGCAGAGAUACGUGCAACCUGUACGAACGGGAAUAUCACGAUUCUAUCUCAGGAAGCCGACAAAUGCGCGCAGGUGUCUAGCAGCGCUGUUGUGUGUAACGGAAAUCCCGCGAUGGUUGAAGGAAUGGUGGAAUACCAAUGUUCUUCCUUCAAUGAGCUUCCCGAUUCGACGGCGGAAUUCGCGACAGGCACAACAAAUUGUUUUUCGUCAUCAGUAGAACAGAUCGUAGAACACAUUCUUCAGCUCGGAAUCUUCUGUGGAGAUCAGUUUGUGUAUGAGGAUAUUUUUCUGGAAUGUGGAGCUGGAGACGACUUUGACAUCAUCGCUUCCGAAGGAUUUUCUUGUUUGGAGUCUGUUACAAUCCCACCUGAACCCGGCGCCGGUACAUACACCAUCCCAGCUGUGUUCAUUGAGACCGACUACAGAUGGCACCGUCUGGCAUCAGAUAUCUGUUUCGAUUUCGAACCAAACUGA